GAUAAUUACAGUUCACUAUUUACACUUGAAGCACGUUUCGUCCUCAGAAGCACCAUGAGUGAUGUUGAGGUAAUAAUAUCUGCUGAAAAUCAGAAUAUAAACACGAAAUAUAAAUUAACUACGACUGGGGCAACAAUAUUAGGAAUAUCAGGUGCGAUAGCAGUGGGUUUCUAUGCGGUGGUGACACCUUUCUUGUCUCCAGCUCUUCGUAAAGUGUGCCUUCCGUUCGUCCCAGCAACCACGACUCAAGUUCAAAAUGUGAUGAGGGCAUUAAGAGGCUCAAGUGGUGGGACCUUACUUGACAUUGGCAGUGGUGACGGUCGCAUUGUGUUAGAAGCAGCAAAGCAUGGUUUCAAGGCGACAGGCGUUGAGCUCAAUAUCUGGUUGGUGCUCUACUCUAAAUUUAGGUCAUGGCGACUGGGAUUGAACCAACGAGUUGGUUUUGUAAGGCAGGACUUGUGGAAGACUGAUUUGUCAGAGUUUGAUAACAUUGUAAUCUUUGGAGUGGAACAAAUGAUGAUGCCACUAAAAGAGAAACUAAAUAAAGAAAUGGACUGCAGCAUGUCUGUUGUGGCCUGCAGAUUUCCUUUUCCUGAUUGGGAACCAUACCAAACUAUAGGAACUGGCAUUGAUACAGUGUGGCUUUACAGAAAAUCUUCUUCACCCAGCAUGAAAGAACACAGCAAUGAAGACUUGAAGAUGGAAAGAUGACUUGCAAACCACGAUUAUACUGAAGCAAUUUGAAACUAACAAGUUCCAAACCAAGACAACACAUCCAUCUCCUCUGGUCAGUCACCUUCUUUAUCAUAUUGAAGGCCUCCCUUGUGGUAGUUGAGUGAUGUAUAACGAUUACUUCCAGUUGAGGUAAAUGUUUCAUUACGAAUGAAAUCAUUAUUUGGUCACAGACCAUUUUACUGGACAGGAGAAACCAGUUUUAGUCACUGGCCAAUGAGAAAUAAACAAAGUUCUUCACUUUGCAGCUACCCUUCACAUUGAAAGCAUUUGUAAGCUGGAUCGUCACAGCAUAUAUACACAGAUGUGCAGAUUCACUUGUAUAUACAUCUGUUCCUGUAUACACACCUCAUUCUCAAACACAUCCCUUGUAUAUAUUCCCACAGUAUACAUGUAAACUAAUCGUGCUUUCCCUUACAACACUAGUAGUAGAAGAAAGUUCUCCAGACAUUCUGCUGUUAGUCAAUAUUGAACCAGGUUAAAUUACAUGGCUUACUUGGUCAAAACAAACAUUUUAUGUGGAAGCUUUUUUUACCAGCCACAUUAUUUUACCACAUUGACUGGUCAAUCAAUGACCAACAGCAAGCAAUAAAAAAAAUAUUUCAGUCAGUUUUUCCUGCAGAUUAAAAUCUAUUUCUAUAAACUUGUACUCUAUAUUUUACUAAAUUACCACAUCUUUUUCUUGUCUUGCAAAUAACUUGGUGACCUCACCAUUAUCAGUGACGCAAGAAAAUAUAUACAAGAGUAGAUAGACAGCCGACAACUAAUGAACUGCUGUCUCUUAGAGUUGAUUCAUCCAUUUGUAAUGGGAAUUUUCUUGAUUUCAGCUUUUCAACAAGUUGUGUUACAAUAUCUUUACUCAUUUCAUCUAUUCUUCUACUAACAGUAUUGUUACUGAGUAGCAUGGCUUGAACCACUUUGUCAUCUUUUUCCAGGACUGUUUUAAAAAAUGCUGAUAUUGAUGGUUUAAUAAAAUCCUCUGCAAUAGUA